CAACUAUAAUGUUUUGCAUGUGUUGCUUUCCCCAUAAGGGGGAGAAUGGAUGUACAUUUUCUUAAACUUUCCUAGAAGGGUUUUUUUCUGUUUGACCUGUGUGCCGUCUGCACCGAUUGAACUCAGAUCAGCUUUGAGAAACGUUUCGUGGAGAAUAAGCUGUGCUUUUCUUAAGAAGAGAAUUGAGGAUUUUUCUUUUGCUUGGUUGUCCUGUCCAUUUUUAAGGCAUUUCAGUAUUUUUAGCUUUGGUUUUGCUGAUUUUUUUUUUUUUUUUAUUCAGUUCAGUAAUUUCACUAAUUUUCCAAUAUUUUUAGGGCAGGAGACAUUAGGUGGAUCGUGGAAUUUAUGAUUUCACGUGCUGGAUGAUUCAAUACUUUCUUGUCCUAAAUGCAUGGGAGGGAAGAAGCAUGUCCCGUCUGUCUCUGACACGCUCCCCGGUUUCUCCUCUGGCUGCUCAAGGAAUUCCUCUCCCAGCUCAACUCACCAAGUCCAACGCUCCCGUGCACAUCGAUGUAGGAGGACACAUGUACACCAGCAGCCUGGCCACCCUGACCAAGUACCCAGACUCCAGAAUAAGUCGUCUGUUUAAUGGCACAGAGCCGAUUGUCUUGGACAGUUUAAAACAACAUUAUUUCAUUGAUCGAGAUGGGGAAAUUUUCAGAUAUAUAUUAAGCUUCCUAAGGACAUCUAAGCUACUGCUCCCAGAUGACUUUAAGGACUUUAAUCUUUUAUAUGAAGAAGCAAAGUAUUACCAGCUGCAGCCAAUGAUUAAGGAACUUGAGCGAUGGAAACAAGAGAAAGAACAAAGGAAACAUUUCCAGCCUUGUGACUGCUUGGUUGUAAGAGUGACUCCAGAUCUGGGGGAAAGAAUUGCAUUGAGUGGGGAGAAGGCUUUGAUAGAAGAGAUCUUCCCAGAGACGGGGGAUGUCAUGUGCAACUCGGUGAACGCGGGCUGGAACCAGGACCCCACCCACGUUAUCAGGUUUCCCUUGAACGGAUACUGCCGGUUGAACUCGGUGCAGGUGCUCGAAAGAUUAUUUCAGAAGGGAUUUAACGUGGCAGCUUCCUGUGGUGGUGGGGUGGAUUCCUCCCAGUUCAGCGAAUACGUGCUGUGUCGUGAAGACAGACGACCACAAGCCACCCCAACAAUCAGAAUAAAACAGGAGCCCCUGGACUAGACCCUGCCCGUGCCCCCUUUGUAACCGUAGAAGUGUUUAAUAGUCCCUUAUGUGAAACACUAAGGAUUUGCAAAACAGUAUUAGCAAACAGAUUUUGACUUUAUGUUGCCCAUUAGUGGUAUUCUGAAACUACCUGUCACAUAGCCAGCCACGGAAUGCGUUUGGAAAACUGGCUGUCUGUCGUUCACGGUGGAGUUCCUGAGCACAGCCAGCAUGGCAGGGCUGGGAUGGACUUUGGGCUGACCAGCAGUGGUGUGGAACAGGCAAAGCUUUGGAAACCCUGGCCCUGGACUGGACUUCUGCAGCAAGAGCCAUGGAAGCAGUGGAACCGACCAGCAGGAGCCCAGGGACACCCCAGAGCUGCGCUGUGGGGACGGGGCCGUCUGCGGGAGGAAGAACCCCAAAAACUGCACUGAGAACCUUCCCUGACUGCCGCCCCUCCUCCAUAUCAGACGUGCUUCACACCCCCAGCAUCACAGUCACCUGGUGAUUGUACUCACCCACAUGAGCAAAUGGCUUAUUUUUAUACUGCAUUUCCAGCUGAGGUCUCUCUCUGUGAACAGGAUCCAAAACCAGAAAAGGACUGAUUGAUAGUCACUGGUGCUCAGUACUUAACCCCCCCCACAAACCAAACGAAACAAGUGACAAGAAAUUGGACAGGCCCAUUUAUGGCAAUAUUUGCAACAAAAGGGAUCUGGAAGCACAAAAUAAAAUGCCAUCCACCAUCAGACGAGGGUCACAUACCCCACGAGGAGCUGUAGCUCUUUUAAGGCCAAUCUUGUUUUGACACAGCAACUGUUAAGUUUUGCAUCAUCAAAGAAGCGUGGUUCUACCAAACAAGCCACCCCUUGUUAAUCAUUUACUAACCAUGUUAGAAGCCUACAUUCAGUAGGAAAGUUUAAGGAUUUUGGACAAGCCC